AUGGCUGAUGUUCCACCGCCAGCCGAAAGACUGUUGGGGGACUACGGAGGGGCCAAUGCUCAAACCGGAAGAUUAACUAUUGUCAACCAACCAGUGAACGUGGCUAAUUUCCAGCUGCACCCGAGUACCAUUAAUCAGCUUAAAAGGAAGAAUUUUACUGGAAAAAAGGACAGGGAAACUUUGGGAGACGCCUAUAAGAGAUUCAAGAGAGUCCUGGUAGCCUGCCCAACUCAUAAUAUGGAUGCUACUGAACAGAUGCAGAUGUUUGUGAAUGGUCUAAAAAUAAAGACCAAACAGCUAAUUGAUACCGCAACCGGUGGUUCCACAAAAUUUUUAACAGCCACCGGUAUCAAGAAAGUCAUUGAAGCUAUUGCUGCUAAUGAGCACAUGGAGUUGUAUGAUAGAUGUCAAAGCAAACCAGAAGGGGUGAUAGAUUUAAAGCUGGAAACUAAUAAAAUUUGUAUUGAAGACAUUAUAGUUGCUGAAGUUGAUAAGAAGCUGAAGGUGGAAGAAAUCAAAUUCUUGAAGCAAAAUAAUCCUUAUUUCAACACGUACAACCCGGGAUGGAAAAAUCAUCCCAACUUCUCAUGGAAAGAUCAAAAAGGAAUCACCCCUCAACAUGGUCAGUACGAAACUAAAUAUCAACAACAACAGCAGCAACAUGCCCCUAAGAAAGAUGAUUGGGAAAUUGCUAUUGAGAGAAUGGCUGCCCACAAUGUCCAAUUUCAAGAAGAAACCCGGAACAAUCAGAAAAAUACCACGGCAUCUAUAAAGAAUAUUCAAGUCCAAAUGGGGCAAAUCGCUCAGCAACUAGCUUCGAGUUUUCAAGCACAAGGUGCUCUACCUAGUGCAACCGUGACAAAUCCUAGAGAGCAUAAUAAUGUGAGUGCGGUGACAACCCGAAGGGGUAAGUCUGAGGAAGUUGUUGAGGAAGUUGAUGAAGAGGAAGACCAAUUGAUCGAAGUGGACCUUGAGAUCAAAGAAAAUGAAGUUGUUAGAGAAGAAGUAGCAGCACCGAAACCAGUGGUGAAAGAAACAGGCAUUGAGCCCAAGCCGGUUGUUAAGCUCCCAUUCCCCACUCGGAACAAGAAAAAAGGGCAACAUGAGAAAAUUUUUGAAAAAUUCUUAGAGUUGUUCAAGAAGCUGGAAAUUAACAUUCCGUUGUUAGAGGCACUUGAACAAAUGCCUACAUAUGCAAAGUUCAUGAAGGAUAUCAUUUCUAAGAGGCGUACCGCCGACACUAACCCAAUUAUUCUCACUGAAACUUGUAGUGCAAUUUUGCAGGGUAUGAAGAUUCCGAUCAAGAAGAAGGAUCGUGGAGCUAUCACUAUCCCAUCCACGCUGAAGAAGGAGAGAAACGGAAUGCUGCUACCAAGGCUAUUAUAA